UGAUGGGAUUAAACGGGUAAACGGUGGGAGAACCAAACUAUAACCCGAGGGUUUGGCUUAAAAAAUGGGGUCGGUCUCCAUUUUUCGUCUAAAAUUGCUUUGUUCUGCGCAGCAGGCACAGAAGAAGAAGCUACUGUAAAAGCCUCAGAGAGAGAGAGAGAGAGAGAGAGAGAGGAUGAAGAUAGAAGAGGUGCAAUCGCAAACAAAGAAGCAGAGAAUAGCUACCCACACUCACAUCAAAGGCCUAGGUCUUGAGUCGAAUGGAAAAGCAGUACCUUUGGCUGCUGGGUUUGUGGGUCAGGCCUCAGCUAGAGAAGCUUCAGGGCUUGUUGUUGAUAUGAUACGCCAAAAGAAGAUGGCUGGAAAGGCUCUUCUACUUGCCGGACCUCCUGGGACCGGGAAGACAGCUCUUGCUCUUGGCAUAUCUCAGGAGCUUGGUAGCAAGGUUCCAUUUUGCCCAAUGGUUGGAUCAGAAGUGUAUUCUUCUGAAGUGAAGAAAACUGAGGUUUUAAUGGAAAAUUUCCGUCGUGCAAUUGGUCUACGCAUCAAGGAAAAUAAGGAAGUUUAUGAAGGAGAGGUGACUGAGCUUUCCCCAGAAGAAACAGAGAGCGUGACAGGUGGAUAUGGUAAAAGCAUAAGCCAUGUAAUUAUUGGGUUAAAAACUGUCAAAGGAACAAAGCAGCUGAAGUUGGAUCCCACUAUAUAUGAUGCCUUGAUUAAGGAAAAGGUAGCCGUUGGGGACGUUAUAUACAUUGAAGCCAACAGCGGUGCAGUUAAGAGGGUGGGUAGAAGUGAUGCUUUUGCCACCGAAUUUGAUCUUGAGGCAGAAGAGUAUGUCCCACUUCCUAAAGGAGAAGUUCACAAGAAGAAAGAGAUAGUUCAGGAUGUUACGCUGCAUGAUCUGGAUGCUGCAAAUGCACGGCCUCAAGGUGGACAAGAUAUAUUGUCCCUAAUGGGUCAGAUGAUGAAGCCCAGAAAAACGGAAAUUACUGACAAGCUAAGACAGGAAAUAAACAAGGUUGUUAACCGAUAUAUUGAUGAAGGUGUGGCAGAGCUCGUCCCUGGAGUCUUAUUUAUUGACGAGGUACAUAUGCUGGAUAUGGAGUGCUUUUCGUAUUUAAAUCGUGCUUUAGAAAGCUCUCUAUCACCAAUAGUAAUCUUUGCCACGAAUAGAGGAAUAUGUAAUGUAAGGGGAACUGAUAUGACUAGUCCUCAUGGCAUACCUGUUGACUUGUUAGACCGGCUGGUAAUUAUACGGACAGAAACUUAUGGUCCAGCUGAAAUGAUACAGAUUUUAGCCAUUCGUGCACAGGUGGAGGAACUGAUUGUGGAUGAAGAAAGUUUGGCUCACCUUGGAGAGAUUGGACAACAAGCAUCCUUGAGGCAUGCAGUUCAGCUUUUAUCACCUGCAAGUGUUGUGGCCAAAAUGAAUGGUAGAGACAGUAUUUGCAAGGCGGAUCUUGAGGAAGUGUGUAUGCUUUAUCUGGAUGCCAAGUCUUCAGCAAAGCUUCUUCAAGAGCAGCAGGAUAGAUAUAUUUCAUGAUUAACUGUACUUGUUUGUUUCCUCUGUUGCAUGCUUUAUAUUUAAAACAGUGUUUGCUCUGAUGUUUUAACUGACAAGAAUCCAUUGAAAUGGAAAUUAACAUUUGAUUUUUUUUUUUCU